AUGCAGCUUAUGCAUGUCGGCAGGAUUCGUCAGCUGGAGUCUGGAGGGCGACGAGGCAUUGUACUGGACGCCGCCACCGUGAGACAACAUAUUGCUGACCACCACCACAAGAUGACUUGUAGUGCAUGGAUCGCGAUUCGCGACCGAAUCCGCCUGCCUGAUCUUGAAGAAGUGGGAAAUCACAUUUACCAGAGAGGAGAACUCCAAAACCAACAUCUUUUGGACGAGAAGGGUCAAGGUGCCGAGAUCCGCGUGUGCUGGACUGCGAAUUAG